GGGCUGCUGGGGCGGGAGGUGGGAACGGGAGAGGGGUGGCCGUGGGGCCCGGCCGGGCUGGGGCGGGGGGCCGCAGCCAUGAUCCGGGCCUUCUCGUUCCCGGUGAGCCCCGAGCGGGGCCGGCUGCGGGGAUGGCUGGAAGGCAGCCUGGCCGGGCUCUGCGAGUUGCAUUGGCUCCGGGAAAGGCAGGAGUACCGCGUGCAGCAGGCGCUGCGGCUGGCCCAGCCCGGAAUGGGGGGCGCCGAGGCCGAGGACGAGGAGGACGCCGACGAGGACGAGGAUGCGGCAGCGGCGCGCCGGGCCGCUGCGGCCCUGGAGGAGCAGCUGGAGGCCCUGCCCGGGCUCAUCUGGGAUCUGGGCCAGCAGCUGGGAGACCUGAGCCUGGAGUCAGGGGGCCUGGACCAGGAGAGCGGGCGCAGCUCGGGCUUCUACGAGGACCCCAGUUCCACAGGAGGCCCAGAUUCUCCACCCUCGACCUUCUGCGGGGACAGUGGCUUCUCCGGAUCUGGCUCCUAUGGACGCCUAGGUCCCUCUGAGCCCCGGGGCAUCUAUGCCAGCGAGAGGCCCAAGUCCCUAGGAGACGCCAGUCCCAGCACUCCGGAGUCUGUGGGCGCUCGGGCUGCGGUGCCGCGCUCUUACUCCGCGCCCUACCCGACAGCUGCGGGUUCUGCGGGCCCCGAUGCCUGCUCCUCCGCCGAGCGGCGGGCGCGCGCGGGCCUCUUCCUGACGCCCAGCCCCCUGCACGCCGUGGCGCUGCGCAGCCCUCGCCCCUGCGGCCGCUCGCCCGUCCACUCGCCCGACGGGGGGGUGGGGGCGGGGCGGCCCCUGGACGGCUACAUCUCGGCGCUCCUGCGCAGGCGCCGCCGCCGGGGGGCGGGUCAGCCCCGGACGAGUCCCGGGGGCGCGGACGGGGUCCCGCGGCGCCAGAACAGCGUGCGCCAGCGGCCGCCCGACGCGUCCCCGCCCCCCGGAGGCGCGCGGUCCGCGCGGGAGCCCUCGGUGGAGCGCGCCGGGGUCCGCGCCGCCAGCCCCGCCGCCUUGGGCCGCGCCUGGGCCUCGUCGUGGGAUGCGGAGGCGGCGCCCGAGCCCCCGGUGUCGCCCGCCGCGCCCUCGCCGCCCGACAGCCCCGCCGAGGGCCGCCUGGUGAAGGCGCAGUACAUCCCGGCCGCGCAGGCCGCCACGCGCGGGCUCCCAGGCCGCGCCGCCCGCCGCAAAGCGCCGCCGCUGACCCGCGGCCGCAGCGUGGAGCAGUCUCCGCCGCGGGAGCGGCCUCGGGCCUCGGGCCGCCGAGGACGCAUGGCCGAGGCCUCGGGCCGCCGCGGCUCGCCCAGGGCGCGCAAGGCCGCGCGCUCGCAGUCGGAGACCAGCCUGCUGGGCCGCGCCGCCGCGGCUCCUCCCGGGCCCCCCAAAUACCCCACGGCGGAACGGGAAGAGCCGCGGCCGCCCCGGCCCCGCCGCGGCCCGGCGCCCACGCUCGCGGCCCAGGCCGCCGGCUCCUGUCGCCGCUGGCGCUCCACGGCCGAGAUCGACGCCGCAGACGGGCGCCGCGGGCGGCCGCGCGCCCCCGCGCCCCGCGCCCCCGGGCCCGUGCCGUCCCCGUCCGCCCCCCAGCGCCGUCUGCUCUAUGGCUGCGCAGGCAGCGACUCCGAGUGCUCUGCCGGCCGCCUGGGGCCGCUCGGCCGCCGCGGGCCCCCAGGUGGUGUCGGCGGCGGCUAUGGGGAGAGCGAAUCCAGUGCCAGCGAGGGCGAGUCGCCGGCCUUCAGCUCGGCCUCCAGCGACUCGGACGGCAGCGGUGGCCUCGUGUGGCCGCAGCAGCUGGUGGCAGCCUCCGGGCCCGGGGGCGGUGCGGGUGGGGGGGCCCCCGCAGGCCCCGCCAAAGUCUUCGUGAAGAUCAAGGCCUCCCACGCGCUGAAGAAAAAGAUCUUGCGUUUCCGUUCGGGUUCUCUUAAGGUCAUGACGACAGUGUGAGUUUGGGGGUUUGCGUGGGCUCCCCCUUCAUGGCCUCUGCACCUCCACACUCCUGAUGGCUGACCCUUCCACACCCACCUUCAAAAGACCACCGUGUUCUCUGCUUCCAAAGACCCUCCUCGCCCCGGCCAAAAGUGGUCUCAGACAGAAAAGCUCCAGGCAGGGUGGAAGGGGAAGAAGCGAGCUCUCGAACAAGGAAGUUCCCCUUGGGUGGGUCUCACUUUCCUCAUCUGUAUCAUGGGCAUCCAUGUAUGCAAAGGGGUGAUUCGACUUGAAUUUUCCCAUUUUAGUGUAGAAGCGGGUUUGUUGCCCUUCACUUUGUCACCAAGUACUCUCAUUCCUCCUUUCCCUGCCCAGAUAUGGGCCCCUGUCAUUCACAAAGUGUCCCCUCCAUGCCCCUGGACUCCUAGGAUAUCCUACCCCCUUGGAACCCUGGUCAGAGACUCUGCGCCUGACUCACGCGGUGCCUGCAGAGUGCCCUAGGAAGGAAAGGAGCACAGACUUGGGGGUUUUGAGGGUCAAGUAGGAGUUGGCAAAACCUAGAAAGGACUCUUACCUCUAUUCCUGAACAGGAGGAUUGGGAGGUCAAAGAGAGGAAGGAAAAUGGUUUCUAUAUCGUGUCCCACCCUUGUGAGAGGGAGGGGAAAGCAGGUGACCAUAUGUUCCAAUUAGUUUUCUUUUUUCUAAGAAUAACUGUAUUUAUUAUGACGAUGGUGACUCCCCGGUACAUAGGGGGGCCAGAUUCUGUGUGUUUCUCUAACCUCUUGUAAAUAAAUGCACAAAGUUACAUA